AGGAAUUCGAAAGCUCCUCGUCUCGUCGUCCUUCUCCCCACCUCGUACUCGAAAUUCCUCUCCAUCCUAUAUCCCUAUCCUCUGUCCCUCGCUUCUGCUCCUCUUCCCCCACCAUGGCCGACUCCUCUCCCGCCGACAACCUCUCUCCCAAGGCUGUCCAGGAACAACUCCCUUCCCCGGACGCCCACGGUGCUGAGCACCAGCUCUCCCUCAGGUCUCUUGUCUCCACCAAAGAGGCCGGCAUCAUCAUUGGCAAGUCAGGCGCCACCAUCGCCACUAUUCGCGACUCCACCGGUGUUAAAGCAGGUGUCUCCAAGGUUGUCCAGGGCGUUCAGGACCGUGUCUUGUCCGUCACUGGUGAUCUCGAAGGGGUCGCUUCCGCCUAUGCGGAAGUCGCUCGUCUCUUGCUUGAGACUCCCCUUUCUGACUCGUCCCUCCCUCCUCCUCCUGUCGGAUCCUUCACUUCCAUUCGCCUCCUUAUUUCCCACAACCUCAUGGGUACCGUCAUUGGCCGUUCAGGUUUGAAGAUUAAGCAAAUCCAAGACAUGUCCGGUGCCCGUAUGGUUGCAUCCAAGGAGAUGCUUCCUCAAUCUACGGAGCGUGUCGUAGAGGUACAAGGCUCUGUUGACGCGAUCAAGACUGCUGUCCUGGAGAUUGGCAAGUGUCUUCUUGAAGACUGGGACCGCGGAGCCGGUACUGUUUUGUACCACCCCGGCGCUGCUGGUGAUGCCGGUGUUCUUGCCGGCGGUCUUGGCGCCCAGGCUGUCACUGGUUCUACCGGCGGUAUCAGGAGGACAUCAGUAGCCGCUGGCUUUGGAGGUUACUCUGGCGAUAGGAGGCCUAGCAGAGGAGGCAGUAUUUCUGGUCCUUCCGGCGUGUCUGGCGAAAGGAGGCCUAGCGAAGGCCCUCAGGUCAAUCUGAAUGACCCCAACCUUCGCACUCAAAAUAUCUCCAUUCCUUCUGACAUGGUUGGCUGCAUCAUCGGUCGAGGCGGUUCCAAGAUCACUGAGAUCCGACGACUUUCUGGAUCCCGUAUCUCCAUUGCCAAGGUUCCUCACGACGAAACUGGCGAGCGUAUGUUCACCAUCCAGGGUACUCCCGAGGCGACUGAGCGUGCUUUGAUGCUCCUUUACUCUCAGCUUGAGUCUGAGAAAGAGCGACGCGUCAAUGGCUCCAAUUCUGAAGUUCCUGCAUCCGCCGACUUCGCCUAGGAGUUUCAAUUUGCCCUAUGAUUCUUCACCCUUCCGCCCGUCUUCGUCAUUUUUCGUCCGUCUGUCUCAAAAUUAAAACACAAAAAUAAUACUACCAUGUGCCUUAACCCGUCUCUUUUCUGCCUAUCUCCGUCAUACAAAUUUUCCCCGCGAUGCCCCGUCUGCGUAUAGUUCCCUCUUCCUCCCUUCAAAAUCGUUGGUGUUAUCAAUCCGUAGAAGUGAGCUGGUAAAGGACAGCAGGUAUUUUGUUUAUAUAAAUAGGUGGGAAGCUGUCUCAGGUAUUAUGCUUAUGCCAAGGUUUGGAUCUAAACAGUUAAUGUGGUUAGUGGGAUGUAUAUCUUAGCUGUGCAAUAGCUUGCGGAAAUUGUGACCCUUCUUUCCAGCCUCCUCCUGUGAUGCAGAUGCUUUAC